AUGUAUGUAUGUCUCUAUUCUGUUUUUAAUCAUUCAAAUUCUUUCUCUGAAGAAGGAGCUGGUUUCUAACAAAGAUACAAAACUCCUUGUUUGGAAUGUAGAUGAUGAAAACAAUGUCACAUUUUAAACCUGAGAAAAGUCUUGCAUAGUAUUACUGUUCCACUUACAGAUUGUAUUUGUAAUGUGUGAACCAGUUGGACGACUUCUUUUUCAGAAAAUCCAAGCUUAUCCAGACUGACAGUUAUGUAUGUACUUAUUCCUUACUGAACAGCAAAGAUCUAACAAAGUAAAACUAGAUGAAAGAAACGUUUGUCAGUCAAAAUAAAAAUGGCCUUUGUUACAGACGGUACUCUAAUGAAAUGGGAAGAGAUUAAACCCUAUAUUCCACAUAUCAAAAGACAAGCAAGAAGGCAGUUUGUUCAUCAGUAUAAGAAAUAUAAGGACCCUAAAAAUUUUCCGUUUUAUUGGGGCGAUGAGAUUGAAUAUUCGUUAAUACGAUUUGACCAUGAAAAACGAGUUGUCCAGUUACUGUUGAAUUCCAUGUCUUUACUUGAAUGUCCUGAAGUAAAGGGAUCAGAAUCAAGGCACAAGACCCAAAAUUUUUGGGGUAGGGGUGGGGUGUGGCAGUCGAUUAGAUCGACCCCAGUGCACAACUGGUACUUAAUUUUCACUUUGUAUUUCCUUUCGCAUUGUUUCCGCCAUGUCAUACGUAAAUCAAUAAAGCAAUUGUUGGGCCCAGACCAAAGUCUUGUUACAUUAACAGUUUUUCCCAGAUUGGGUUGUCGUAAUUUCACUUUUCCCUCUUAUGACGCAGACAAACAUGUAACUGAAAUUCACCAAUCAGUUUUCAUAGCAGAUGCUGCACUGUGUUUCUCGCAUCCUAUAUAUAGAGAUCGAAUUAAAAAUAUGAUGUACAGAAGGAAAGAAAGAACUGCAGUCAAUGUACCACUUUAUAAAGAUAAAAAUACCAUGAUGCCAUAUGGAGAAGAUUUGUCUGAAUAUGGAGACAAUAAAGAAAUGAAGAAAAAUUUGAAACCAGGCCAUAUUUACAUGGAUUCCUUCACGUUUGGGGGUGGUUGUUGUUCUCUUCAAGUUACAUUUCAAGCUGCCGAUAUAAAAGAAGCUGCUUAUCUCUAUGACAAUCUGGUACCUCUUACUCCAAUAAUGUUAGCUCUAACAGCAGCUGCUCCAGUUUAUCGAGGACUUUUGUCUGAUACAGACUGUCGUUGGUGUGCUAUUUCUCAGUCUUGUGAUGACCGUACCAGACAAGAACUGGGUUUAGAACCUUUGACAAACGGUAACAUUUUGAUGAAGAAAUCCCGUUUUGAUACAGUAAGCAGUUAUCUCUCUGUGAGCGACCAAUUUUAUAAUGAUUAUGAUUUCAGUUAUGACCGUGAGCAGUAUGAAUUACUGAAAGCUGAAGGUGUUGAUGAAAUGAUGUCCAAAUACGUUGCCCAACUCCUGGUCAGAGACCCAAUCGUUUUAUUCAAAGAGAAGAUCAAUCAAGACAUAAUGAAUGAUAUGGAUCACAUUCAGGCCGUCAUUGGUAGUAAUUGGCAAAGCCUGAAACUGAAACUCCCUGACGAGAAAUCUGGAUGGAAAAUAGAAUUCAGAACAAUGGAGCUUCAGUUGACCGACUUUGAAAAUGCUGCCCUUGUUGUAUUUAUGGUUCUUCUUACCCGAGCCAUAGUUACUUUCAAACUGAGCCUUUUGGUCCCAAUAACAAAGGUUGAUGAAAACUUCACAUCAGCACAAAAGCGGGAUUCUAUUAAUACACAAAAGUUUCACUUCAGAGAAGUUCAAAAAGAAUUUACCAGUUGUGAAGUAACCCAUAAAAUUUACUCCCUGAUGACUUUAAAUGAAAUCAUGAAUGGAAAGGAUGAUUUCCCUGGUUUAAUUCCUCUCAUAUACAAAUAUCUCGAUCAUGUUGACUAUGAUUCCAGUAAAAGACCUAAAAUAAUGCAAUACCUGAAAUAUCUCUCAGACAAAGCUGCAGGUAAGAUGAUUCAUUUGUUUUCAUCAAUAUUAAACAAAUGUUAUUAUAAACAUUCAACCUUAAAAUUCAGUAUUGAAAAUUCCGCAACGCAAUCGAAAAUUUUGAAAAUCACCAUUUUUGAAUUUCGUGGAUUGUAA